UCCAGCCUGUACUUCACUGUACGAUCAUGUCCGUUCCCGGGGCGGCGUUCGGGCCACUGCCAUUUGGUUGGACUCAACAUCAAAGCCCCACCGGACAGCUGUACUACCACAACGUCAACACGAAGGAGUCCACCUACACGCGCCCCCUCCCGCCACCCCCCGCGCAGGAGAAGAAGAAGAAAGAGAAGCCGCUCGUGAAGACGCCGAUCCCGGGCACGGACUGGAUACGCGUGCAGACGACCGAGGGCAACACGUUCUACUCGCACAAAAUCGACAAGAAGAGUGUGUGGGUCGUGCCGGAUGAGAUUCGCGCGGCUGUGCAGGCGAUGGAUGACGCCCACGGGGAGGACGACGGCGUGGCGCACGAGAUCGACAGGGUCAAGAGCGAGGUGGCCGCGGCCGUGAAGCGCAAAGCGGAGGAUCCGACCGUUACGGGAAAGCCGGCGGUCUCGAAGAAGGCGAAAGUGGAGGAAGUAGGCGAGGACGACGAGGAGGACAGUGAAGAUGGAGACGAGGUAGAGGAGGAUUGGGAGAAGGAGGCCGCUGCUCAACUGGAGGCAGAGGCGGAGGAGGAAAUGCAGCGACAGAGGGACGAGACGGAACGCGUCAAGGCGGAGGCUGCAGCGGAAGCCGAGCGUCUGCGCAAGGAGUCGAUCCGUCUUAACCUUCCCGACCGCGUUGAUCUAUCAACACUUCUCCGUGAAAAGGAUAUCAAUCCGUUACAACCAUGGGAUGCGGCCCUGCCCCUGUUCGUAUCUGAUCCUCGCUACGUCUUGCUUUCGUCUGUUUCUGCCCGACGGGAGGCCUUCGAUGAUUACUGCCGGGAGCGCGCGCGCGAGCUACGACAAGCGAACGUCAAGAAGGAGGUAGAGACUCUGACCCCGAAGGAAGAGUUCGAACGGUUCCUGAAGGACGAAGUCAAAAGCACACGAACCAAUUGGUCCGAGUUCCGCCGGACCUGGAAGAAGGAUCGCCGGUUCUAUGGCUGGGGUCGUGACGAUCGAGAACGGGAAAAGAAGUUCAAAGAGUGGAUCAAGGAGUUGGGUGAAAAAAAACGGGCCGCUGCUCUCAAAGCAGAGUCAGACUUCUUUGCUCUACUGCGCGAGAAUCUCAUCGGGAAACCAAGUAUGCCUUGGAAAGAUGCGAAGCGUGGGCUUGCGAAGGACCCCCGGUACGACGCUGUUGGGUCUUCGUCACUUCGCGAGGAACUGUACGAUACUUUCAUGAAGGGCAAUGCGUUGAGCAGUGCGUCAGGCUCCAAGGCGAUUGAAAAGGAGGAAGAUAAACCUGAGGAGGAGACGUACGAAGAACAGCAGAGAAAACGGAAGGAGAGAGCUUCACAGGCUCUGAAAGACCGGGAAAGUAAAGUGAAAGCUGAUAUGGAGCGAGUGGAUGCUCAGAUUGGGCGCUCGCGGCAGAUCAGUGACAAGGAGGAGGGCGAGCUUUUGUUCAAGAGUCUGUUGACAGACGCAGUGCGGGAUCCACAGAUGACCUGGGACGUUGUUGUUCCCUUAUUGUCAGCGGACCCGCGGUUCCAGCUCUCGCCUCUUUCGACGGGUACACAGCGGGGCCUGUUCAAUGCACAUGUGAAUCAUCUGCGCUCCAGGCACAUGGCGUCACUUCACGCGUUGUUCGAGCAACAAGCGCCAUCACUGGUAACUGAAUUCGACGCGUUGCCGCUGUCCGAGCUACUCGAUGCACCGCCCGUCACGAGAUUAGGCUUCGAUGUUCGUGCGCUCGAGGAUGAAUUCAGCCGCUGGCGCAGACAACGAACGAGCGACUGUCGCAAAGCCUUCGACGAGAUGCUAGCAGAGAACGCAUUCAUCGAAUUCUGGGGGAAACUGAGGAAAAUCGGGGGUGAAGGGGUUGACGGCGGAGUCAAAGCUGACGAGGAAGGGAUGAACGAAGAUGAAGGGGCCGGUGGCGGGGGCAAAGUCGACAUGAAAGUGCUCGCCAAGAGCGUUGAUGUUGCUGAGAUUGAGAAAGUUCUGAAGAACGACAAGAGGUAUGUGAUGUUUGAUCAUGUUCCAGAACAAAGGGAGCAAUGGAUCAGGAGCGAUGUCGCCCGUCUUCGCAAGAUCGUGAUCAACAGCCUCUACUCGCACAAGGAAAUCUUCCUGCGUGAACUCAUCUCGAAUGCCAAUGACGCCGUGGAGAAGCUACGACUGACGUCCCUCAAGGACAAGUCGCUCUGGGACGGCAGCGAGCUGAACAUCACCAUCGUGGCUGUGAAGGACGAGGACGGCAAGGGCGGUCGUCUCAUCAUUUCCGACACCGGCAUUGGCAUGACGCCUGCUGAGCUGUCCACUAACCUCGGUACUCUGGCCAAGUCUGGCACAUCCGACUUCCUCGCUCAGGCCGAUUCUUCCGACGCCACGGGCACGGGCAACUUGAUUGGUGCUUUCGGUCUCGGUUUCUACAGCAGUUUCCUCGUCGCGGACCGUGUGCAGGUCGCCUCCAUCUCUCCCAAGUCAGAAAAGAACCCGACUCCCGCGCAACACGUCUUCACAUCCAGCGCCGACGACAGCUCGUACGAGAUCUUCGCUGACCCUCGCGGCGCGACGCUCGGCAGUCAUGGAACGGAGAUCACCCUGUUCUUGAAACCCGAUGCGGUCGAGUACCUUGACACGGACAAGCUUACUGCCUUGGUCAACAAGCACUCGUCGUAUUCAUCCACGUUCCCCAUCUACCUCUUCACUCAAACAGAGGAUGAAGUCCCUGUCGAGGAUGAGGUUAAGGAGCCCGUCGUAGUCGAUGACGAGGCCGCGGCGCAGAAGCCUUUGGACGACGAUGAGGCUGUUGUCGAGGACGCCUUCGAAGAGGAUAAGGCUACACCUGCUCCACCGAAGACCAAGAAAGUCAUCGUCGACGAGUGGGUCAAGUUGAACGCUCUUCCUCCGUUGUGGAUGCGUCCACCUUCUGAGGCUGCUGACGAGGACUACGAAUUGUUCUACACUGCGUUCUGGAAGGACUUCAACAAGCCUUUGGGCUGGUCGCACUUCUCUGGUGACUCCGAGUCAGGGACUUCGUUCAAGUCUAUUAUCUAUCUUCCCAGCAAGCUGGGCGAGGAAUACUGGAAGCAGCCGUUGGCAUACAAGUCGAAUGACAUCAAACUGAUGGUCAAGCGCGUGUUCAUCACCUCGGAUCUAGGUGACAACGUCCUUCCUAGCUGGGCUGCUUGGCUCAAAGCUGUUGUUGAUGGAAAGUUCAAAAAGGUCAUCGAGGUCUACGGCAACGUUUUCAAACUGGGCGCCGUGGAAGACGCCAAGAAUGCUGACAAGCUUCUCGGUUUGGUUCGUUUCUCCACCAACCAGAGGAACUUCACCUCGCUCGGACAGUACGUGGAGAACAAGAAGCAGGGCCAGAAGCAGAUCUUCUACCUGGCUGAGAUGGGCAAGACCAUCGAUGACCUCGCCCAGAGCGUGUUUGUCGAGAAGCUCCACGCUCGAGGAUACGAAGUUCUCCUGCUCAACGAGCCGCUUGACGAGAUUCUCGUGCAGAACCUGAGACAGUACAAAAACUUGCCCUUCCAGGAUGUCGCCAAAGCCGGACUCAAGUUUGGUGACGAAGAUGUCGAGGCUGAGGAAAAGGCCGAGCGCGAGGAAAUGACUGUCAAGUUCGAGCCGCUGAUCAAGUACCUCAAGGAGCACAGCAGCGACACUGUCCGUGAUGGCAAGUCGUAUUGCUUCUUCCCGUGCGCUGUUGUUGCGGAGAGCUACGGCUACACCGCGAAUGUCGAGCGGAUGAUGGCGUCGUCGAACCAGAAACCCCAAAACGCGGCCAUGCAUGAGUUCGCUCGGAAGGCGAAGGUUCUCGAGAUCAACGGCAAGUCGCCGUUGAUCGAGGGUAUGCUCAAGCGGGUCCAGCAACUUCCCGAGGACGAGGAGGAGCGGGAUUUGGAGGCUGAGAAGGAACUGGAAGAGGUGACUUCCAUUCUGAUCGAUGGUGCUCUGGUGCGCUCUGGCUUUGAGGUUACCAACUCCAACACGUUCUUCACUCGCGUCGACCGGGUUCUGCGUCGAUCUCUGGGCGUUUCUGAGACGGCUCCAACGGACACCAAAGUGAAGCCGGCUCCGCCCGUUGACCCUGAACUGCCCACAGAAGAGGAGAUGGCGGCGGCGGCAGCAGCAGCGGCAGAACCUAUCCACGUCGACGUGCCACCAUCACCGCCGCAACCGCAAUGGGAAGUGGAGGAAGUCGACGAGUUUGGAGAACCCGUCGUCCGAGCCCAUGACGAGCUAUGAUUCGGGUAGCUUAGCAGGAUAUCAAAAAAUAUCAUUAUAGUAUCUGCAAGUGGUUCAG